GAAAGAGACGCCAUUAGUAGGGGUUGAGAGGGGAGAGCAGAGCGAACCAGCGAGCUUAGGGUGGGGGAAAUCAGUUUGGUCUACAAGAGCUGGGCGAGUGAGAUUUGUUCCAAUUCUGAUUCGUGUCCUCGACGUCUUGAUUUCGAUUUGAGUCAUCUAAUGUGAUUAGAGGGAGAUACUUCGACUGGGCUACUUGUAUUCCUAAUCAUAUUUAUUUCACCAUGGCGGCUGGCGGCGGAGCAGGCAACAAAACCUACUCUUUCAAGGUGGUUUUGUUGGGAGAGGGCUGUGUGGGCAAGACAUCGCUCGUGUUGCGGUAUUGUGAAAAUAAAUUCAACGACAAACACAUCACCACACUUCAGGCCUCCUUCCUCACCAAGAAGCUCAACAUCACAGGGAAGAGGGUGAACCUGGCCAUAUGGGAUACAGCAGGUCAGGAGCGGUUCCACGCGUUAGGUCCCAUCUACUACAGAGACUCCAACGGAGCCAUAUUGGUCUAUGACAUCACAGAUGAGGACUCUUUCCAGAAGGUGAAAAACUGGGUCAAAGAAUUGAGAAAAAUGUUGGGGAAUGAGAUUUGUUUAUGUAUAGUAGGUAAUAAAGUAGAUCUGGAGAAGGAGAGACAUGUAUCAGUUGAAGAGGCAGAAGGGUAUGCAGAGUCAGUGGGGGCAAAACACUACCACACAUCAGCCAAAUUAAACAAGGGAAUAGAAGAACUGUUCCUUGACCUGUGUAAAAGAAUGAUGGAGACGGCCCAAGCAGAGGAGAGGGCGAAGGGUAACGGAGCCAGCCAGUCAACGACAUCACGAAGGGGCGUACAGAUCGUGGACGAUGACCCUCAAGCCGCCACGGCCGCGGGGGGCUGCUGCUCAUCCGCUUAACCUCCACCCUCCACAUCCCAACUUACCCCCCCACCUCCAUGUCCCAACUUACCCCCCCACCUCCAUGUCCCAACUUACCCCCCACCUCCACGUCCCAACUUACCCCCCCACCUCCAUGUCCCAACUUACCCCCCACCUCCAUGUCCCAACUUACCCCCCCACCUCCAUGUCCCAACUUACCCCCCCACCUCCACAUCCCAACUUACCCCCCCACCUCCACAUCCCAACUUACCCCCCACCUCCACGUCCCAACUUACCCCCCACCUCCACGUCCCAACUUACCCCCCACCUCCAUGUCCCAACUUAACCCCCACCUCCACGUCCCAACUUACCCCCCACCUCCACGUCCCAACCUACCCCACCCUCCCCCUUCCCCCCCCCUUAAGCAACCAGGACUGUUGCCUCUGCCCUCAGCCUCCCCUCUCAUCUCCCUCCUUAUGACAUGAAGACUGCUGUUCUCCCUCUGAGUCAUCGUACACUUUACUCACUACACUUCUCCCUCUAUGGAACAAUGUGCUGGCUUAUAUACUAUUCUUUAUACUGUAAUAUUCAUUCAUUGGUGCCCAUUCCUGACCCAUCCAUAUGAGACUUCUGACACCCCCUGCUGACCCAUCCGUAUGAGACUUCUGACACCCCCUCCUGACCCAUCCAUAUGAGACUUCUGACACCCCCUGCUGACCCAUCCAUAUGAGACUUCUGACACCCCCUGCUGACCCAUCCAUAUGAGACUUCUGACACCCCCUCCUGACCCAUCCGUAUGAGACUUCUGACACCCCCUGCUGACCCAUCCGUAUGAGACUUCAGACACCCCCUGCUGACCCAUCCGUAUGAGACUUCUGACACCCCCUGCUGACCCAUCCGUAUGAGACUUCUGACACCCCCUGCUGACCCAUCCGUAUGAGACUUCAGACACCCCCUGCUGACCCAUCCGUAUGAGACUUCUGACACCCCCUGCUGACCCAUCCGUAUGAGACUUCUGACACCCCCUGCUGACCCAUCCGUAUGAGACUUCUGACACCCCUUUCUGACCCAUCCGUAUGAGACUUCUGACACCCCCUGCUGACCCAUCCGUAUGAGACUUCUGACACCCCCUCCUGACCCAUCCGUAUGAGACUUCUGACACCCCCUCCUGACCCAUCCGUAUGAGACUUCUGACACCCCCUCCUGACCCAUCCGUAUGAGACUUCUGACACCCCCUCCUGACCCAUCCGUAUGAGACUUCUGACACCCCCUCCUGACCCAUCCGUAUGAGACUUCUGACACCCCCUGCUGACCCAUCCGUAUGAGACUUCUGACACCCCCCCCGACCCAUCCGUAUGAGACUUCUGACACCCCCCCCGACCCAUCCGUAUGAGACUUCUGACACCCCCUGCUGACCCAUCCGUAUGAGACUUCUGACACCCCCUCCUGACCCAUCCGUAUGAGACUUCUGACACCCCCUCCUGACCCAUCCGUAUGAGACUUCUGACACCCCCUGCUGACCCAUCCGUAUGAGACUUCUGACACCCCCUGCUGACCCAUCCGUAUGAGACUUCUGACACCCCCUGCUGACCCAUCCGUAUGAGACUUCUGACACCCCCUGCUGACCCAUCCGUAUGAGACUUCUGACACCCCCUGCUGACCCAUCCGUAUGAGACUUCUGACACCCCCCGCUGACCCAUCCGUAUGAGACUUCUGACACCCCCCGCUGACCCAUCCGUAUGAGACUUCUGACACCCCCUGCUGACCCAUCCGUAUGAGACUUCUGACACCCCCUGCUGACCCAUCCGUAUGAGACUUCUGACACCCCCUGCUGACCCAUCCGUAUGAGACUUCUGACACCCCCUGCUGACCCAUCCGUAUGAGACUUCUGAGUGAUGAAGAGGUGAAGAGAACAUGAAAGGAAGGAAUCUGCCUCCUCUGUCUUUCUACAAACUAGCAGAUGGACUUCUAACACACUAGUGUGAAAUACACACUCACACACUGUCGUGAAAUACACACACACACACUGUCCCCACCUCUCUCAAAUGAACACAAACCAACAGACUACAUUAUAACUCAUAAACACUCAUACCCCAGAUUUCUAGGCCUUUUUUUUUGCGAGGAUAAUGUGCAUGAUGAGGUGAUCCGUCUCUGAAGGCUGCAUUUGGUUUCUCUUUAGAAAGAAGAAAAAAAAACUGAUCUUUAUUGUUGAUAAACUAAAGUACAUGUUGUAUGGAAAUGUGUCCAAGCCCUCGGUACUGCUUCUUCUUCUGUGGUGGUGAAGUGGUGAAAGCCCUCUGAUUCCGUCAUCCAGCUCUUUUCUUGGCCUGUGUUCAUAAAGCUUCUCGGUAGGAGUCCCACCUGUCUCUGUAACCUUAUUGAGUUCUAAAAGAGUAAACUGAUCCUAGAUCAGCGUUUCUGCUCUGAGACCCUUUAUGAAUACAGACAUUGUGCUUUUUCAAUAACAAAAAAAAAAACGUAAGUUCUCUCUUCCCCUCCUUUCUCUUGAUCUUUCUCUCUGAUUUAAACAGCAGAUGUUCUGCACUGACCCGUCACUGUCAAUGCUUUUGUUAUACUGCGUUUUCUUCCUGUUUGCUGAGUUUCUCUGUGAAAAAUGUAAAUGACAACAACAACAAAUACAUUUAAAAAAACAACCCAAAAAACGGAUGAAGAGUAUGAAUAACGUUGGAUGUUUUAUCUGCUUUUUACAGGCUUUGGGGAAAGGAUACGCAGGUGUAGGAAAGUGUACAAUAGUCUUAAUGAUUGUAAAAUGAAAUAACAAUUGUGGAUGAAAGCACACUUUCUGGAAUUGUAAUUUUUUUAACUGCUAGUGUCGUGUGUUUUGUAAUAGAACAAUUAUAACUAUUUACAACGCA